AUGAUGAUGCCGAAAAGCGGGGUCGGGGAGAGGUUCACGGAGUUCAUGGAAGGAUGGGCUCACGAGCUGGAGGUGUACCUGGAGCAACUCCUGCGCGCGGUGUCCAUCAACGACCACCAUGACGUGGAGGCCGAGGCCGCCCUCGUGUCCAAGCUGACUCAGCACCACAAGGGCUACUACACCGUCAAGUGGGCCUUGGCCCACGAGGACGUCCUCCCUUUCUUCUCCCAGGCCUGGGCCACCCCUCUCGAGAAGGCCUACUCCUGGCUCACCGGCUGGAAGCCUUCCACCAUGUUCAAGCUCCUCCUCUCCACCACCGCCACCUCCUCCGCCGCCGUGCUCGUCCACCUCACUCAGCAGCAGCUCCAGACCAUGGAGGACCUGCGGCAGAAGGUGCGGCUGGAGGAGGACAAGGUGGAGAGGGACAUGGAGAGGCAGCACGUCGCGCUUGCCGACAGGAGGAUGGUCGAGCUGGCCCGCCUCGCCAGCCGGGGGACGGUGUCGCCCCAGCGGAUCAACGGCCUGGUGGAGGUGGCGCUCAAGGGGGUGGCGGACGGGCUGGAGAAGGUGGUCAGGGCGGCGGACUGCGUCAGGCUGAGGACGCUCAAGGGUAUUUUGGAGAUUCUCACUCCGCCUCAGUGCCUCGCCUUCUUCGCCGCCAGCAGUACCCUGUUGAUUCGGCUGCGGCAGCUUGGAGGGAUGAGGCAGCGGGCAGCUUCAGCCGCCGCCGCCGCCGCCGCCGCUGUAAUCUAG